GACUGCCUUGACUCCCCGAACAAAACUCGCUAGCUACCCGAUCCUGUCUGGCACCCAGGGUAGGAUACCCCAAAAUAACCCCAUUAGGGUCAAAGUUUGUGGGGGUAAAGUUGAGUUGGCGGGUUAGGGCGGGCAUGCCACCAGCCUGGCACGGAAUUUAACAGCGGUGGGAGCUGUCACAAGCGUGCCAGAUGGCAGAGGCAGAUACAAGUUUCCUGGACGACGAUGACUUCACUCAUGUUAUCAACGGCAUCAGAUAUCCACGGUUUGUUACCGAGGCCAAUUUAGAAGCCAUGGCGACCUUUGACAUCCGGGAUGACGACAUAGCCAUAGUGACUUUUCCGAAAACAGGGACCAACUGGAUGCUGGAAAUCGUCACCAAGAUCCUGUCAGCCGGCGGCCGGACCGACGCCUCUUCUGACGACAUGGUGGGGAAGCUGGAGUUCCAGUAUGAUGACGAGCCACGCCCUCAUCACGUGAUGCUGCAGGAAUGUGCCUCUCCCCGCGUCAUCCUCACCCACCUCACCCCGGACACGGCCCCGCCUGGGAUCGCUCAUCCUCAGAACAACGUUAAAGUUAUCGUCGUUAUGCGGAACCCCAAGGACACGGCGGUUUCUUACUUCCACUUCGGACAGAAGCUCAGGUCUCAUUUUGCCAGAAAGACGCCUCCUUCAUGGGACGAGUUCUUUCAGUUAUUCCUGGCCGGCAAGUAUACAUUUGGCUGCUACUUCGACCAUGUUCUUGGCUGGUGGCAGAAACGUGACGACCCCCACUUCUUGUUCUUAAAGUACGAAGACAUGAAGCAGGACCUUCCCAAAGCCGUAAAGACAGUGGCGGCGUUCCUUCAGGUCAAACUGGAUGACGCUUCCAUCGAGACUAUCGCGCAUGCGUGCACCUUCUCCAACAUGAAGUCCACCCUGGACAACUCACGGUACGAGGACAGGACUCUUAUGGCCCGCAAAGGUAUUGUUGGAGACUGGAAGACGAUGUUUACCGAGGAACAAAGCAGGCUGCUCGACUCGAAAUGCAAGAAAAAGCUGGAGGGAACUGGACUGCAGUUUAACUUUGAAUAGCCCAAGCCUCAGUAAAGAGUUUAGUACAUUCCCUGACAGUAAAGGGACUACACGUCAAAAGCAUGUGUACAUUCUGUGUACCUGCCAACCAUAUCAUUAAAUAAAUGUAUCUUCAUUCAAGUCA